AUGGUAAUGGCGCUUGUCUCCGAGAAACCGGAGUGGACUGUGGGAAGAACCAUGCGUUCUCAUAAACAUAACACCAGUGUCAAUGAUAGAUGGAUGUUUCUCACCCCAAUGAUCAACAGCUGCAAGCUGCACCUUACAACCGUCAAAUCACCAGUACCAGAGAGAGCCCAGACGAUGUCUGACUCUCAAGAUGUUGUAAAAGAAACAAACGUGAAUUCUGCCCAAACAACGAAUCAUUCUAACACAGAAAACAAAAUGCAUACAUGCAGCCAGAGAAGAUUUGUUAGGACACCUCCGGAGCCAUCAUUUGCCAGUGACUCUACAGAUUGCCCUGCACACAAUCUAGUAACACUAACAGGUGGUGGUCAGAGUGGUUUGGCUGCAGUUUCACAUGCUGCACAAGAAUCAAGAGACAAAUCUAAGAGACCAACCCACAGUGCAGGGGUCGCUUACUACCGUAAGGUCUUAAACCUUCCCAAACCACCAGGUGGUUCUGGAGGAUAUAAUUCCAACACUGUUCCUGGGUUUCCCUUCACUCGGUUGCCUUGUGACAGUUUUACAUCCAAUUUUCAACGAAUUGAUUUGGACAGGCGCUGUCUGGAAGAAUGCCCCCAGCUGGACAUUAUGGAAGAACUGCAGCUUCUCAGCCUCCAGCACAAUCUAAUCACGAGGAUCCAGCAUUUGUCACAUCUGCAAAAGCUUGUUUUCCUGAACUUGAAUGACAAUCACAUCUCUGAAAUGACUGGCAUUGAAACUUUAAGCUCUCUUAGGAUCCUUAUGCUGGGGAAGAACAGAAUCCAGAAGAUAUGCUGCCUGGGAAACCUGUCCAAACUCAAUAUCCUGGAUUUGCAUGACAAUCAGAUCAGCAGGAUAGAAAACAUGUCUCACCUGAGCGAGCUGCGAGUGUUGAACCUGGCAGGAAACAGCAUCUCCAGAAUAGAAAAUCUGCAGAGCCUGAAUUGUUUGACUGAACUGAACCUCAGAUACAACUGCAUCUCUUUUGUGACUGAGGUGGACCGCCUGCCCUGCUUGCAGCGCCUCUUUCUCAGCUGCAACAACAUCACCAGUCUUGAUCAGCUAGCCUGUCUUGGAGAAUCACGCUCCCUUUCUGAGCUCACCCUGGAUGGGAAUCCUGUAGCCCUGGAGACAUGGUACAAGCAGGCCGUCCUGCGCUGUGUGCUUCAUCUGAGACAGCUGGACAUGAAGCGCAUCACAGACGAGGAUCGGCACAUGGCUGGUGUACAAGCUCGAAAAGAGGAGGAGAAGAAGAGGGAGAGUCACAAGCAGACCAUUCAUAAGGAGAAGCGGCGUCUGGCGAUCCGUAAUGCAGCGCAGCAGUGGGAGGGUGUCAGGGCCUGCCUGGAGCUGCCACCAACAAAUGGCGCAAAAGAGGAAGUCAGUCCAGAGAACAGCCCAGCCCAUAGCCCCGCCCAGACCAAUGGACUCACACAGGAGCCAUCUCCAGAUGAGCCGAGACGCGUGAGCCCAGGGUCAGGACCAGAGCGACCAUCAGGGGGAACGGAGAGCAGACUCCGUACCAACAGCCGUCCAAACAGCCCACGAGACCCCAAGCUUGUGGAGGCAGGGAGCGGCAGUGUUCAGAGCUUGUCCCUGUCUGACAGUCACCUGGCGGAGCUGGAUGGAGACACCCUGCGUUUAUUUGGACUCGGAGCCCUGGAGGCCCUGGAGAGGGGUUGGGGAGUUCAGACUGCUGGUGCUGUCACUGUAAUAACCUUCCGCUAUAUCAACUUUGACGCCAUUGUACCAACACUGCCGCGAAUAAGGGUCAAGUUCCCCAAUCUAUCGCAUCUGAUCUUCUUGGAAACAAACAUCAGCCGUCUGCCGCAGCUGGCAGCCCUGGCUCAGGUGAGGCGUCUGGACCAGCUGACCAUCCACCCGGAGGGCAACCCCGUGGUUAGCCUGGCUCUAUGGCGCUCCUUUGUCAUCUACCGCCUCCACCACUUGAACCUGCAGAGGAUCAAUGGCCAGGAGGUGACCAUGAAUGAUGUGAUCGCUGCAGAGCGCGUGUUUGGAACAUUGGGUCAUAUAGCAGCCACCGAAACUCCACGUUGCCGGCUCCUGCUGCUGCUGGAGGAGUCCAGGAAGCGUCAGCUGCAAUUCCUUUUGGAGGGGCGUGGCCGGCGGGCAGGGCUGAGUCCGGAGGAACUGCGAGACAACGGGAAGCUCCUGGGUGAAGGUCUGAGCAGAGCGCUGUUCAAUUACCCAAGCAAAGACUGCAGUGCAGAUAGCCCUGAGGAGGGCACUGUGGAGUCGUCAGAGCGUGCGGCCAUGAUAGAGCAGUACCUCCAGGAGCUGGUCCAAAGGGCAUCAGACACCAAUCUGAAGGGCGAGGCUCUUCACAAGCUCUGGCCCUCCAUGUUUGCAGAGAUGGUGAGAGACUGUGUGUUGGAAAUGAGGGACCGAGCAGCCUUCCGCCAAGCCAGCCUUGCAAAGCUCUCUGAGACCAAGUGAAGGGGACCAAAGGUUCACUCUUAGACCACACACACACACACAAGCACAUAUUGGCUUGGUUUUCCUGGGGGGCCUCCAGCACUCAGUCUCAAACACCAUCUAUAACACAUCAUCAGUUAGAGACUUUAUCAGUUAUUAAGAUCUUUGGAAACUUAAGGGUGUAUUUCCCAGUGUGUGGAAACAUUUCCUUAAGGUGGAUGUAGACUGUUUUAAAGAUGUCUAAAGAAAUGAUCAUGACAAAGGCGUCUUGAUUGAAUGUAGAUUUUCACUGAAAACACAAUAUCUGAUUCUUCAGUGCUUGGAGCUGCAACAUACUUGAAGAAAGUUAAAAGGACUUAGAGACUCACAGUGCAUUGUAGUCCCAACAGGGCAUCCUCUGCACUUUAAAAGCCUUCUGAAUGACCCCUCUUCACCAUCACUGUCAUCAGCUGAAAAUGACCGGUGUCUCUUUUCUCGAGACUAGAAUGAUUCUUCUGUGUCUUAAAUCUUGUUUCAUGCAUCGAUUCUCACAUUAUCCUGCCUGACAUAAAAGUAUGGGCACAAACAAGGACAAGGACUUUUCUUUGUUUACCACUGAUUUUCUGUAUUGUACUUAGUAUUAAAGAUUCUG